ACACAUCUUUGCCAUAGCAGAGAUGGCUUACAGCCUGUCCCAGUCCUCAGGGCAGCAGCAGUGUGUCGUCAUCAGUGGGCACAGUGGAUCAGGUAAAACUGAAGCUGCCAGAGCCAUUGUGCAAUACCUGACCAUGCUGCACCAGGGACCUGGCAGCCACAGGAUCAGACAGCCCUGCAGUGUCCUACCCAUCCUGGAGAGUUUUGGAAAUGCCAGAACCAUCCUCAAUGACAACUCCAGCCGUUUUGGAAAGCUGCUGAAUGUCCACCUUCGACAUGGCAUCGUGGUGGGAACAUCCAUCUCCCAGUACCUGCUGGAGAAGUCUCGUGUGGUGUUCCAGGCCCAUGGUGAGAGGAACUACCAUGUGUUUUACGAGCUGCUGGCAGGGCUGCCCGUGGAGCAGAAAGAGGAGAUGUACCUGCAGGAGGCUGAGUCCUACUUCUACCUGAACCAGGGCAGAGCAUGUGAUGUCCUGGGCAAGGAGGACAGUCGGGAUUUUCUGGUCUUGGUGCGAGCUCUGGAGGGAAUCAGCCUCUCCGAAGAUCAGCUGAGCUGCACCUGGGCUGUCCUGGCUGCUGUGCUGCAGCUGGGGAACAUCUGCUUUACCUCCUGUGAGAAAGAAUCCUUUGAGCAUGCAGCCAUCGCCAGUGGCACUGAGAUUCAGAUUGUGGCCAAUCUGCUGCGGGUGUCAGCAGAGGUCCUGCAGAGAGCUGUCACUCACCGUGUCACUGUUACAUCUUAUGAUCGGAUCUUCACCCCUCUGUCUGUAGAAGGAGCCAUUGAUGCCAGGGACUCCAUUGCCAAGGCUCUGUACUCCCUGCUCUUCGAGUGGCUGCUGCUGAGGAUCAAUGAGUGGUUGGCUCCCUGGGAGUCUGACUGUGCCGUGGGCAUUGUGGAUAUCCAUGGCUUUGAGGAUCUGGGAGUGAACAGCUUAGAGCAGCUCUGCAUCAACUUUGCCAAUGAGCACCUCCAGUGGUUCUUCAGCCAGACUGUCAUUGCCCAGGAAGAGGAGGAAUACAGCCAGGAGCAGUUAGCUUGGAUUCCCAUUUCCAAGAUGUACAAAGAGUCGUGCCUGGAUUUCCUUACUGCAAAGCCCCACGGCAUCCUGUGCAUCCUGGAUGACCAGACAUGCCUGACUCAGGCCACAGACCACACUUUCCUCCAGAAGUGUCAUUACCACCAUGGGAACAGCCCUUGGUACACCAAGCCCAAGCUGCCUUUGCCAGAGUUCACUGUGCAGCACUAUGCUGGCCCUGUCACCUACCAGGUCCACAAGUUUCUCAAUAAAAACCGUGACCAGCUGCGGCCAGAGGUGCUGGAUAUCUUCUCCCAGAGCCGCCUCAAGGUGGUGUCUCACAUUUUCCAGAGAGCCAAAGCUGCCUGCAGUCAGCGAAGGGAGCUGGGGGGCAGAGGGCUCAGACCUCAAAACUCCACACUGGUGUCCAAAUUCCAGCAGUCUCUGCAGGACCUCACAGCCAAGCUGAGAGGGAGCCAUGCCUUCUUCAUCCGCUGCAUCACCCCUAAUCCCAGGAAGCUGCCAAAUAUCUUCGAUGUGGAGUAUGUCAAGUGUCAGCUGAGACAUUCUGGGAUUCUGGAGGCCAUCCACAUUCAAAAGGAGGGAUUCCCAGUCCGUCUGCCAUUCCAGAGCUUCCUGGCCAGGUACGGGCUCCUGGCUGGGGGCAGGCUCGGCAGCUCGGAGCAGAGAGCAGGCUGUGCAGCAGUGCUGGCUCACGUCCUGGGGAGCCCCUCGGACCUCUAUCAGAUUGGAGUGACAAAGGUGUUCCUGAAGGAGGAGGCCAGGCAGCUGCUGGAGAGGCUGUGGCUGCAGAGGCAGAGCUGGGCUGUUGUCACCCUGCAGAGGAAAUUCCGGCGCCUCCUCCAGCGCCGGCGCCUCCGUGUCCUCCAGGAGAAGGUCACGGUGAUCCAGGCUCACUUCAGAGGCUACCAGGCAAGGUCAGGGGUCCAAGGCCAGCCAAGGGACCCCCCUUUGGUCUUGCCAAGGGUCAGCCAGGUGGGGAUGUCCAGGAAACGUUACAGGAGGCUCAAGAAGACUUUGGUGCAGUUUAAAACCAUGAUUUUAAUCUCCAGACCUUUGAUUAAAUGGAGGAAGCACUGCCAGCAGGAGUUAGAGGAAAGGAAACAAAGAAGGAGCUCCCUGGCCUGUGGUGACACAGAGAAUAUUCCCAGCCAAGGAAUGGACGUGGGGCUGCUGGAGAUCCCUGCAGAGCUCUCAGCCCUCCUGCACUUUGUUGAAGGACACCGAGCACAGGCCAACCAGAUAACUGAGACACAGCCCCCAGAAGUCAAGGUCAAGGAUGACCUUUCCCUCCCACCCUCCAUCAACAGCUAUCCCUUCUCCUCCUUCAUCAAAUCACAUUUCCAGAAACCAGAUUUCCCUGCCCCUGGUAAGCCUCUGCAGCACCCCCUAACCCAGCUGGAUGCUGAACACCAGGAGAGUGCACUUGAGAUAAACAAACUGAUUUUGCGGUUCAUUGGUGACAAGAGCCUCCGUGGCUGGCAGGAGGUCCUGCUGGGCAACUACAUUGCUGGGAGAGGUUUGGGUGACGCUGCUCUGCGCAAUGAAAUCUUCAGCCAGGUGGUUUCCCAGACCUGGAGGAACCCAGACACGGAGCACAGCCAGCGAGGCUGGGUCCUGAUGGCCACUCUGCUGAGCUGCUUUGGCCCCUCGCCAGCACUGGAGAAGCCACUGCUGAAGUUUGUGUCAGACCAUGGCAUGGAGGGCUACAGCGCCGUUUGCCAGCGCAAGAUGCUGACGGCAGCUCAGUGCACAGAGACACAGCCUGCAGCCUCCAGGGCUUACCCUCCCACCCAGCUGGAGUGGACAGCAAACCAGAGGAGAGGGAAGAUGGUGCUGGAUGUUCACACCUUUAAUGAGGAGACGUUCUCGGCUGAGGUGGAGUCCUGGAUGACUGGGGAGCAGUAUGCAGCCUGCAUCCUGAGUGCAAGGGGCUGUGACAAGAAGACUCGAGGGUGGUCUGUCUCCAUGUUCACUGGCAACACAUGGCAGGACCUGCUGGGCUGUGACUUUGUGCUGGACCUAAUUGGAGAGAUGGAGGAGACCAGCAACUUCAGCAGCUCCUCCCAGGCCCCCACUGAGUACCCCAUCACUCCAGAAAGGGACAGGAGCAUCCUCCAGGCCUCUGACCUGGACACGAUCCCUCCUGCUCCAGGCAUCCAGGCCCCUGCCUUCCCCCCACCCAACCUGCCCCCAGAACUCGUUGGUCUCCAUCCAGAUUCAAGGUUUAGAGAUGACCUGAGGACCCCUGUGGGCUUGGAUCACUAUGUGGAUGAUCUCUUCAGCCCUGUGCUGCAUCAGGGCUCCAGAGUACCUGAGAUGGAGAACAGGGAGAUUCUCACCAGACGCAUGAAAGGAGGGGGGAAGAUUGGACCCACCCAGAGAGGAAUCUUUCCUUCUGCAGGUUUCUCUGGAAUGACUCAAACACCAGUUUACCAGCCCAUGCCCUCCAUGAUGGGGAUGCCAGCAGCCAUGCCCAUGAUGCCAGGGGCUGGUGGGAUUGCACCUAUGCCAGCCAUGAUGAUGCCCCAGCCCAUGGUUCCAGCUGUAGAUCCCAGCCAGCUGGCAGCACAGCAGCAAGCUUUUAUCAACCAGCAAGCCAUGCUCAUGGCCCAGCAGAUGACCCUUCAAGCCAUGAGCAUCUCCCAGCAGCAGCAGCAGCAGGAGCUGCAGAAGAGGCAAAAGUCUCUUGAGAACUCAAAGCCAAGAGUCUCAAGCCCAGCACAAGCCUCAGCCCCAGCCACUCUCCCAAAACCCAAGAACCCUUCCAGCAGCCAGGCUGCUGCAACACCAAAUUCUCCAGAGCCACCAGCUAAGGCAAAAGAGCCGGAUCAUGUCUAUGUGGAAGAGGAAUUCUCCAGCAAUGAGGAUGAUGAUUAUCCUCGGGAAACCUUCCAGCAGAAGAGAGAGUACUUCCAGAAGAUGGGAGAACAGCACAUCCGGGUGAAGAAAGUCAGACCUAGCAAAACCUGGACUCCUCCAGCAAAACCCCAGCCAAAGGAGGAGGAGGAGGAGGAGGAGAAGGAGGAGAAGGAGGAGGAAGAGAAAAGAGAGGAGCCGGAGAAGAGGAAAGAAGUGAAGCCUGUCCCUAAACCAAAGCCAGCUCCUCCUUCCCCUCUGCCACCUCCUGAGCCAAAGCCAAAACAGGAGACACCAAAACCAAGGAAGGAGCCACCUGUAGUGAAGCCUUCAGGCCCUGAGUCACGUCCUGCACCCAGCCGUGAGAUUGGGAACAUCAUCAAAAUGUACCAGAGCAGACCAGCCCCCGAGCCCCUGCCCAUCGAGCCUGUCAGGAGAGUAUCCAAACCAUUUAUGAAGAAGAACGACCCCAAAAAUGAGGCUCUGGCCAAGCUGGGAAUGAUGAAAGCCUCACCUCAGCCAUCACCACCUCCUGUGCCACAGGAGAAGAAAACACCUCCACCUGUCAAGCCCAAGCCAGGCCCAGCUUCCAGCUCUAUCAAGGAAAAGCAGUUGCCUCUCCUGUCCAUCUUCAGACCAGAGGAUGCCCCACCAGCCCCCCAGGCCCCCAGUGCUCCCCCGAGCCCCCCACCAACACCUGAGGACCGAAGCAAGCAGGAACCCACAGGGAAGGACCCUGCUGUGACAAUGGCAGAUGAUGAUGGGAUCAAGACCCAGCUGUACAAGCUCACCACCAGUGUCAGCUUUUCCUAUAUCGACCCCGCCUGGAAAAUUUUUCUGCGCAAAGAGGUGUUUUACCCCAAAGAAAAUUUCAGCCACCCUUAUUGUCUGAACUUGCUGUGCGAGCAGAUCAUCCGUGACACCUUCUCUGAGUCCAGCUUUCGGAUCUCCAAGGAGGAGAAGCGCAAGAUGAAAGAUCUGCUGACGGAGUUCCAAGUUGGCAACAAUGCCCAGUCCAUUCAGGAGGACGGGAUAAAGAAGAGGAUUGUAGUGGCUGCUCGGGACAACUGGGCCAACUAUUUCUCCCGCCUUUUCCCUGUUCAGGGUGAAAAGGGAAGUGAUGUGCAGAUCCUGGGUGUUUCUCACCGGGGCAUGAGGCUGCUGAAGGUGGAGAAAGCAGCUGGAUACCACCCUGAGCACCUCAAGACCCUACGCAGCUACUGCUUUGCAGAUGUGCUGUCAGUGGAGAUGAAAGGCAGCAAUUCCCUGGAGUUCUCCCUGAAGACAGAGCAGCUCAUCCUGCACUCUCCAAAGGCUCCGAGCAUCAAGGCCAUGGUGGAACUCUUCAUGCAGGAGCUGAGGCAGGACACCAACUAUGUCGUGGCUCUGCGCAGCUACGUCGUGGAUGACAAGAGCCUGCUCAGCUUCAAGAAGGGAGAUCUCAUCGAGCUGCUGCCCAUGCAGGGCGUGGAGCCAGGGUGGCAGUUUGGCUCCACCGGUGGCCGCUGUGGUCUCUUCCCCACCAGCCUGGUGCAGCUGGCUCCUGCCCCCGACUACCUCAGCAGCAGCAUGGACAGACGGGGAGAGCAGAGGAAGAGCCUGAGAGCCUCCCCGGAGAGCAGGAACACCAGCAGGGAGGGUUCUGUCCUCAGCCUGACAGCAGGAGCCAGCAGCACCAUGGUAGUCCCUGCUGGUGACCAUUACACCAUGAUUGACUUCGCCACCGCCUACUUCAGAGAGGCUCAGCCCAUGCAGGGCCUGAAGGGGACCUCUGCUGAGAAGAAGAGUGUCACUGAGCUGGUACGGCACACCAAGGUCCCAAUCCAGGCAUCUUUGCUCUGCUACUCUGACAGUGAGCUGAACGAGCUGGCCACGAAGAACUUCCAGACUCUGAUGAGAUUCAUGGGAGAUCAGCCAAAACACAAGCACCAGGCUGAGGUCCAAUGCAUCUAUGAAAUCCUCCAGCUGUGCAAGGAGAAGGAGAAUUUACACGAUGAGAUCUACUGUCAGGUCUUCAAACAGGUCACCCACAACCCUCAGCAGGAGAGUGAGAUGCGGGGCUGGCUGCUCCUAAACCUGCUCACUGGGUACUUCCUGCCUUCCAAAACCCUGAUGCCCUAUGCCACCAAGUUCCUGCAGCUGGCCAGCAGUGAUCCAUCCAGCAACCACCACGACAUAGCCAAGAUCUGCCAGAGCAACCUGCGCAAAAACUUCCUGUACGGGGGCCGCCGGCACCUGCCCUUCGCUGUGGAGAUGGAGGCACUGCUGAAGGGACACGGUGCCCGCCGGCUGGUGGUGCUGAUGCCUGGAGGUGUGGAGUACCUCACCAGGAUCAGGACAUUCACUGUGGCCAAGGAGCUCUUGCAGGAGAUCUGUGAGCAGAUGGGAAUAAGUGAACAGCAAGAGAUACAGGACUUUGUCCUCUUUGCUGUCAGGAGUGGUGACAAAAAUCUCGGUAAAAUGGUGAGGCCAAUAAAACUGGAGGAGUAUCUCCAUGAUUACCUGCUGGAGGACAAGCUGGUCACUGUCACCUUACGCAGGCUCAUCUGGAGGGCACCUCUGCACUUUGACAACCAAGUUUACACAGAUGUCCAUUAUGGACAGGUGCUGUGGGAUUACCUGAACGGGAGGAUCCUGCUGAACCAGAGUAAAGAAAUGGAGAUGCAGGUGGGCCUUUUGGCAAUGCUCCAGCACUGGGCCAAAGGGGAGCAGCACAACUCUGCUCCCUCCAGGGAAGAGCUGAAGGAAUACACUCCAAAGACCCUGCAGGCUUCCAUCAGCCCCAAGGCUCUGCACAACCACACGGCCACACUGCUGAGAACAAGGCAGCCCCUCCAGCCACUGGAUGCAAAAAUCCAGUUCAUAGAGAAUGUGAUGAAAUUGCCUUUCUUUGGCUACACCAUCUUCGUCGUGGAGAGAAUCAGUGAUGAGAUGGUCCCUGUGCCCUGUUUCUUUGGUGUGAACAAGGAGGAGAUCAUCGUGGUGGAUGGCACCAGCCAGGUGGUGUCGCGGGCUGUUCCCCUGCGGGAGCUGCAGAAGCUGCGCACGCUGAGGCCCGUGGCCAACGGGGGCCUCCCCGGCCUGGAGCUGCACUACGGCUCCCCUGAGAGCCCCAGGGCCAUGUGGGUGGAACUGCCACAGGCCAAAGAACUGUACCACACAAUUGUUGUCAUCCUGGAUAAAACAGAGCUGCACUCCUAGAGCCUAAAAGGAGGAGAAUGGCCAAGGAAAACAGCAUUGUUUCCCUUUCUGUGAACUUGAUCAGUGCUCCCUGACCAGUCUUUGGGAGAGAACUCUUCCAGAAGACACCCAUGACCUCAGCCAGCUGCUUUCUAAGAAUGCCACCACAGUGUUUGUUAAUGGAGUGACCAUAAUCUUCGUGACCUGCCCUUCAGUCCCCAAGCACUUCCUUCAAACAAUCCACACUGUGGCUAAACAAACCCCAAGGGCCUCUCCACACCACAGCCCGUUCCAACAAAGAGCAGCUGACCCAAAGCAAGCACUUGCCUUCAAGCUUUGCACUGUGCAACUCCUCCUUUCUGUUUUGAAUUAAUUAUUAUGAGCAAAGCCUGGUGCUUGCUAGAAAUUUGUGUAUCCUGAUGCCCAGCUGAGGCCCUGCAAUGCCUGCAUGGGCUGCUGCUGUUUUCCAGGAGCCAGAAUUUUCUCUAAAUUGAUAUGCAGAGGUCCUGUAGCAGGACUUGUGAAGCAGGAGUUUGUAGAAAGCAUCCUAAUUGAAAAGCAGAUCAGUGUUAAUCAUACAAUUAACACAUAUGCUGGGGCACAGAUUGAGCUGCAAUGGUAAGGAAGUUUAUUGUUAAUUAAUUUCUCACUGACAUAAUUAUAUGCAUAUGCUUCCCUCUACUACAAAGAAGUCAGUCAUGGCUGUGCAGCUGUCAGACUUCAGUGAUGGCUCCAUGCCCCUGGAGGAAGCAUCUUCAAACAGAACUUGUAUUAUACUGAAGUGUUUUGAGUUGUACAAAAAUAUUUAAUUUAUUUUUAUUGCCACAGCUCUCCUAAUGACCUGAGGAGUAACUGCUCUUUAGGAAAUUGCAAUAAAAUAAUCACAGAUAU